CGUGACAACUUCGAUAAAUUUUGUUGACAGUCGUGGAAUAAGGCAAAAUAUGGCUGGUCCAAUAAUGGAUGCAUCAGUCUUAACAUACGAGGGUAUUUCAAUUGUACCUACUGAAAGUUAUCUUGACUUCACAGAGCCUGCCUGGGUUUUGGGAAAACACUUCUUGCUUGAAGAUGAUUUGGAUCAGUUUAAUGAAGAAGUUCGCUCACUACUAUGGUUUACCUACCGCAAGAACUUCAAGCCUAUUGGUGGUACAGGCCCAACGUCAGAUGCAGGGUGGGGUUGCAUGCUAAGGUGUGGCCAAAUGAUGCUGGCACAAGCCAUGACUCUAAGGCAUCUUGGAAGAAAAUGGAAAUGGAAACCAAAAAUGACAGAUUCAACCUAUAUGAUGAUAUUGAAAUCAUUCCUGGAGAAGAAAGACAGCUUGUAUUCCAUUCACCAGAUUGCUCAGAUGGGUGUAAGCGAAGGCAAACAAAUCGGACAAUGGUUUGGCCCAAAUACAGUCUCGCAAGUUAUAAAAAAGCUUAUAAUGUUUGAUGAUUGGAGUAAUUUGGCAGUUCACGUUGCAAUGGAUAAUACACUUGUAAUCGAGGACAUAAAAAAGUUAUGCAAAUCAUCCUACAGUUCGUGGGAGUGCUAUGGCGCCUGCACAUCGGCAAAGGAAGGUGGAUCGACUGCUGGUGCCGUGAUCCCAAACGAGCAAUGCUCUUGCGGCAAGUCGGUGAUUGACAGAUCAGGGAAUCCCCGUAGGUCUGUUAACAAAAUGGGACCAUACAAAAGGACUCAAUCAUUUGGACUAAACACAUCUUCUUGGCGUCCAUUGAUAUUAUUUAUACCAUUGAGACUUGGACUGAGCGAGACAAAUUCAGCUUAUUAUUCUGCACUAAAGGCAUGUUUAACGAUUAAAGAAUCAUUGGGUUUCAUUGGCGGAAAGCCGAAUCACGCUUAUUAUUUCAUUGGCUUCAAUGCUCAUCGGUUGAUUUAUUUGGAUCCACACACAACACAGCCAACCAUAAGUCCUGCAAAAUACAGUGCGAUUCCUGACGAGUCCUAUCAUUGUGUCUACCCUUGUUUCAUGAACUUUGCAGAAUUGGAUCCUUCCAUUGCACUGGGAUUUUAUUGUCACACUGAAGCUGAAUUCGACGAUCUCUGUGAUGCAAUUACCCAGCUUAUAAUCGAUGGACAGAAACGACCAAUGUUCGAAAUAUCCAUCAAGAGGCCGGCACACUGGCCUCCUUUCGAGCUGCCAAAAAGACCAUGCGAUGAUCUGGAUUGUGCACGUGCAGAUUUCACAGAACUGACCUUCGAUUACGGAGAAGAUGAUCGAACGUUUGACACUGAUGGUGAAUAUGAAAUAAUUUGAGAAAAUAAGAUCAAAGAAUUUCCUUACUUGAGUAUUGUACUUUUGCAUUAUUGUAACGAUAUACAUUUGAAGUCAUUUUCAAUGUUCGUGUAUUAUUGAAUUUUGAAGUUAACUUAAAAUAUGAUAACGUUUUUACUAGUAUUGUAUUAAUAAAGAAUUCACGAUAAAACAAAGAAGAGCUCUGUAAUUUGGAGUAACAUUUGACGACAAAAACAUAAUCAAUGCCAUAUUUAGUAACAGUAUGGCUUGUUAUUGUUGUCAUUAAACAGGAAUAGAAAACUCUUCGAAGUCUGUAGCAUUGUUAUGGUAUUUUAUUAUGGUAUUUAAAACCUAAAAGCUUUUUAGUCUUUGCUUUCGAUUUUAAUGUAACCGGUGGGCCAUGAAAUAUGACAACACAGUAACAAUCAUUCAGCGAUGACGUAAUUUCGUUUCAAUUAUGUUGUUUAAUACAAGAGAAAGAGAUAAAGAGUGAUAGUGAGAGUGAAACGAGGUUUUCAAGUUGAUCUUGUAUGUUAAAGCAAGAAAAAUUAAUUGCAUCAUCGCGGGGUGGGGAAGCUACCGCAUCCUCUGGUCAAACUACUGGAAAAACUACAAAGUUAUUAAUUAUGAGAAAUACCACAUUGUUAAUACUCAGUAACUACUUAAUUUAAUUAUAUGAUUUUUUUGUAUAAUCUCAAAUUAUAAUGUAACGAUUGUUUAUACUGUUAAAAGCUUUCUUGCAAUGUUCAUUUAGUUGUUGAAUAAUGUUUGCUUGAGUUGCUUGUUGUUUACAAGAUUACCACAAGUCAACGUUUUCGAAAACAUUUUUUUUGGUUAAAUUUGUCGUGUAAGCAGAUAAAUUCUUAACCGCAAGUCCAAAG